CCUCGCUCUUCCACCCCGCCAAACACUCCCUCCUCGCUUUUCUUCUCCUCAUCAUCAACUCAACUCUCUCAAUCGCUCCGUUCAUUCUCUCUUUCGCUCUUCCCCUCGCUCUCUGCCUCUCUCGCUACUCGGUGGCUCUAGCCUCUCGACCACACGUUCGUUGCACGAACUACAUUCCUUAGUCCUACACAACUUUCAUUCGUUUCCCGCUCAGUUUCGUUUCCUUUCUCUCUCUCUCUCUCUCUCUUUCACCUCACAAUGCGUUUCCAGCUUCUUUCCGUUCUCGCCGUGCUCGCCUCGGCGUCCGUCGAGGCUUCGCAGCCCCAGGCUCGCGACAUUGUCAACCAGGCUGGCCCUGGUGUCGCCCGCUCUUUCGACCGUCCCCACGGUAUCCCCCGUCGCAGCCGCUCGCGCCACGGCAAGCGCAAGACCUGCCGUGCCCGUCCUGUCACUUCGGAGGCUGCCGCUGUUACUUCGGAGGCUGUCUCCACUACUUCCGAGGCUGUCCCCGCCACGACUUCUACUCCGGCCGACAGCAACUCGUUCGCCUCGGAGGAGGAGGAGGAAGGUGCCUCGUCGCCCUCGUCCGCUUCCUCCGCUCCCGCUUCCGCUUCCGCUUCGGCCUCGCCCUCGGCUUCCACCGACGGUGCCGCCAGCGAGGACGCUUUCGAGGAGGCCGAGGCUUCGUCCCCCGCGACCACGCCCGCCAAGCCCGCUGCUACUGCUCAGAGUGGCUCGGACGGCCAGGUUAACACUGCGACUAAGGUUCUCGCCGGCGGCGUUGACAAGUGGAUCGGCACUCUUGCCCCUGAGCAGGGUCCUGUUGGAUCUGCCAUUCAGACCUUCACCACUGGUGGCGGUGACUCUGGCGUCACGCUCAUUGACAUUGGCGGUGGCCAGACCAAGCGCGGCUCGUUCGAGGACAUGACGAUCGAGGGCAACAACGACGGCCUCAAGGACGCCUACGGCCGCCUCCGCCGCAACGGUGACGGUUCGGUCACCUUCACCUACCGCCAGGGCCAGGUCAACGAUCACGACUCGUGGUUCUACUACACCACCGCCGACCCCGGAAACUCGGGCAUGGACCUCACUGCCGCCCGUACCGCUUCGUUCACCUACACUGUCAAGUUUCAGGAGGGCUUUGACUGGAAGCUUGGAGGCAAGCUCCCCGGCUGGUACGGUGGUGACUCGGCCGAGUCGGGCAAGCACUGCACCGGCCACGCCGCCAGCUCGUCGUGCUUCUCGUCGCGCCUCAUGUGGCGCCCCGACGGUGUCGGCGAGGUUUACAACUACUACUGGGGCUCGCAGCAGGCGUACUGCUCCAACCCGGCGUCGUACAAGAUCGGCACGGCCGCCAUCAUCUGCCACGGUGGCUCAGGCGACUCGCUCGGCCGCGGUGCCUUCAAGUUUGAGGCUGGCAAGGCUGUCACCAUCACUAACACGAUCACGCUCAACACCAUGAACGGCAACUCGCCGAACGAGGACGGCAAGCAGGUCAUCGUUGUUGACGGCGUCAAGGUUAUCGAGGCCAACAACCUCGUCCUCCGUCACCACGACCAGGGCCGCAUUCGCGGUCUCUUCUUCUCGACCUUCUUCGGUGGCAGCGGUAGCUCGUGGGCCAGCCCCAAGGACCAGGAGGCGACCUUCAGCGACUUCACGGUCUCGGUUCUCGAGAAGCUGUGAACACCCACCCCCCGGCUCUUAAACUUGCAUGUGGACGGUUCUGGGAACCUGGGAAGCUGGCUUCCCACUUCGAAUUCUACCCCUUUAUUUGUCUCGAACACUUUUACUUCCGUAGUGCCACAGGACUGUGCUGAGCACGUUCCUGGGAUGUGCUGAGCACGACUGCGUCCUACGGAAGCAUGCAAGUUUUGCUGUGUG